AAGAGACAUGCACAGACAGCAGGUAUAAAAACUCGGAAAAUCUUAUGAAGCGUAACAAAUUAUUCAUCACAGAAAGUCAGAAAGAAGACAAACAAAACAUAAGAGAAAAUGUUAAGAUUCAUUGCUCUCCUUACUUUAGCUGUAGUAGCAUUCGGGACAGGUGAUGGAAUUCAUGAGAGAUGGAGUAAAGGCUACAAAGGGACAAUAUCUAAUGCAGACUGUGGUGGAGAAUUCAAUGAAGAGGAACCAGCUUGUAGUCCAUCAUGUACGAUUGAUCUCAAGUUCCCUGUAGAGCUUGAAAAUCUCAAUAGUGGCAUGGCCUUUCCAACACAAAUCCUCAACAAUGAUCGUACAACAUGGAGAAUGGUGGCCCGACCCACAGAAUGUGUUGAGGGAGAAACAACAAUCUUUAAAUUCACUGCAGAUUUCAGAGAGGAUUUCAGGAAUGAGCUUUAUGGUGAUGGAUACUAUCUCACCAUUGAAGCUCCCACUCUGAUUUAAACUAGUGAAUUAAAAUGUAGGAGAAUAUUGAUUUUACUCAACUGAAAAUACACAUUUGUUC